AUGCAACAUUUGGCACUGUUAAGUGUUGAACGCUUCGUCGCAAUAACAUAUCCUUACCAAUACCCCGAAAUCAUCACAAAGCGUCGCUUAAUUUCAAGCGCCAUCUUCGCUUGGUCCUUCGCCGCUUUGACUGCUGGGUUAUCUGUGAACAGUUUUUUCACUUUCAUAUAUCGAGGCUUCUUGAUGGUAGCCAGUAUUUCAAUUCUGGUCUUUAGCCAGAUUGCCGUGUAUCGAGAAGCUCGAGCUCAGAUGCGUAAAAUAAAAAGUCAGCAAGUCUCUAAGGAGGCCAGAGAAGUAUUUUUAAAGGAAAAGAAAGCUAUGAACACCACGACAAUCAUUAUUGGCGUUGUUCUGUUCUCAUUUCUACCUAUGAUGUUACUACGAAGUUUUUUUAUCUCUCUCUUGAGUUCACCCGCUACCAAAUUGGUUAAGGAAUACGCGUGCAGAUCGCUUAUGCUUUGUAACUCUGCUUGUAAUCCUGUAAUUUACUGCACCCGUAACAGGGAAUUCCGAAAAGCUUUCAAAAGACUAUUACGUAGGCGAAGUCAGAUAGGACCAACUUGA